AGGAGGAGGCGGCCUUAAUGACUUUGGGAGCCAGUGCUCAGUCCUCCCCAGCUGUCCCUGAGGCCCGGCCCUACUUCUGUUUCCUGACUCGGGGAUGGCAGCUGGCCUGAAAGGAUGGCUGCUCUGGGCCCUACUCCUGAAUUCGGCCCAGGGGGAUCUCUACACACCCAUUCAUCAGGCUGGCUACUGCACCUUUUAUGAAGAGUGUGGGAAGAAUCCAGAGCUGUCUGGAGGCCUCACGUCACUGUCCAAUGUAUCUUGCCUGUCUAAUACCCCAGCCCGCCAGGUCACAGGGGAGCACCUGGCCCUCCUCCAGCGCAUCUGUCCCCGCCUGUACAAUGGCCCCAAUACCACCUUUGCCUGUUGCUCCACCAAGCAGUUGCUGGCAUUAGAGAGCAGCAUGUCUAUCACCAAGGCCCUCCUCACCCGCUGCCCCGCCUGCUCUGACAAUUUUGUGAGCAUACACUGCCAAAACACCUGUAGCCCUAACCAGAGCCUCUUUAUCAAUGUCACCCGUGUGGUUGAGCAGAACGCUUCACAGCUUCCGGCUGUGGUGGCCUAUGAAACCUUUUACCAGCGCAGCUUUGCUGAGGCAGCCUAUGAGUCCUGUAGCCGGGUGCGCAUCCCUGCAGCUGCCUCGCUGGCCGUGGGCAGCAUGUGUGGGGUCUACGGCUCCGCCCUUUGCAAUGCCCAGCGCUGGCUCAACUUCCAGGGAGACACAGGGAAUGGCCUGGCUCCGCUGGACAUCACCUUCCACCUUGUGGAGCCUGGUCAAGCCCUGGCAGAGGGGAUACAGCCUCUGAAUGCGGAAAUUGCACCAUGCAAUGAGUCCCAGGGUGCAGACUCGGCAGCCUGUUCCUGUCAGGACUGUGCAGCAUCUUGUCCCGUCAUUGCUCGGCCUCCGGCGCUGCCCCCUUCCUUCUACAUGGGUAAAAUGCCAGGCUGGUUGGCUCUCAUCAUUAUCUUCACUGCGGUCUUUGUGUUGUUCACUGCUGUCCUUGUGCAUCUUCGAGUGGCUUCCAACAGGAAAAAGCGCAAGACACCAAGCCCCCAGGAAGCCCCCAACCACCCUCGUAAGCGCAGAUUCUCACCUCACACUGUCCUUGGCCGGUUUUUCCAGAACUGGGGCACAAAAGUGGCCUCGUGGCCACUCACCGUCUUGGCACUGUCCUUCGUGGUUGUGAUAGCCUUGUCAGUAGGCCUGAUGUAUAUAGAACUCACCACAGACCCCGUGGAACUGUGGUCAGCCCCCAAAAGUGAAGCCCGGAAAGAGAAGGCUUUCCAUGACGAGCAUUUCGGCCCCUUCUUCCGAACCAACCAGGUUUUUGUGACAGCUCGAAACAGGUCCAGCUACCAGUACGACUCGCUGCUGCUAGGGCCCAAGAACUUUAGCGGGAUCCUGUCCCUGGACCUGCUGCUGGAGCUGCUGGAGCUCCAAGAGAGGCUUCGCCACCUGCAGGUGUGGUCCCCGGAGGCGGGGCGCAAUAUCUCCCUGCAGGACAUCUGCUACGCCCCCCUCAACCCGCACAACACCACCCUCUCGGACUGCUGUGUCAACAGCCUCCUUCAGUACUUCCAGAACAACCGCUCGCUCCUGCUGCUCACAGCCAACCAGACGCUUGGUGGUCAGACUUCCCUGGUGGACUGGAGGGACCACUUCCUCUACUGUGCCAAUGCCCCUCUCACAUUCAAGGACGGCACGUCUCUGGCCCUGAGCUGCAUAGCUGACUACGGGGCUCCUGUCUUCCCCUUCCUUGCUGUUGGGGGGUAUCAAGGGACGGACUACUCGGAGGCAGAGGCGCUGAUCAUAACCUUCUCUCUCAAUAACUUCCCUGCUGAUGAUCCCCGCAUGGCCCAGGCCAGGCUCUGGGAAGAGGCUUUUCUGAAGGAAAUGCAAGCCUUCCAGAGCAGCACGGCUGACAAGUUCCAGGUUGCAUUCUCAGCAGAGCGCUCCCUGGAGGAUGAAAUCAACCGCACCACCAUCCAGGACCUGCCUGUCUUCGCCAUCAGUUACAUUAUCGUCUUCCUGUACAUCUCCCUGGCCCUGGGCAGCUACUCCAGAUGGAAACGAAUAGCGGUGGAUUCCAAGGCUACUCUGGGCCUAGGCGGGGUGGCUGUUGUGCUGGGAGCAGUCAUAGCUGCCAUGGGCUUCUACUCCUACCUGCGUGUCCCCUCUUCUCUGGUUAUCAUCCAAGUGGUACCUUUCCUGGUACUGGCCGUGGGAGCUGACAACAUCUUCAUCUUUGUUCUUGAGUACCAGAGGCUGCCUAGGAUGCCUGGGGAACAGCGAGAGGCCCACAUUGGCCGUGCCCUGGGCAGUGUGGCCCCCAGCAUGCUGCUGUGCAGCCUCUCCGAGGCCAUCUGCUUCUUCCUAGGGGCCUUGACCCCCAUGCCGGCUGUGCGGACCUUUGCCUUGACUGCUGGCCUGGCGAUUCUCCUCGACUUCCUGCUCCAGAUGACUGCCUUUGUGGCCCUGCUCUCCCUGGAUAGCAAGAGGCAGGAGGCCUCUCGCCCAGACGUCUUAUGUUGCCUUUCACCCCGGAAACUACCUCCACCUGAGCAAAACGAGGGACUCCUACUCCGCUUCUUCCGAAAGAUAUAUGCUCCCUUCCUGCUGCACAGGUUCACCCGCCCUGUUGUGAUGCUUCUGUUUCUGGCCCUGUUUGGAGCGAAUCUCUACUUCAUGUGUCACAUCAGCGUGGGACUGGACCAGGAGCUGGCUCUGCCCAAGGACUCCUACCUGAUCGACUACUUCCUCUUUUUGAACCGAUACUUUGAAGUGGGGCCUCCAGUGUACUUUGUCACCACCUCGGGCUACAACUUCUCCAGCGAGGCAGGCAUGAAUGCCAUUUGCUCUAGUGCAGGCUGUGACAGCUUCUCCCUAACCCAGAAGAUCCAGUAUGCCACUGAAUUCCCUGAAGAGUCUUAUCUGGCGAUCCCUGCAUCCUCCUGGGUAGACGACUUCAUCGACUGGUUGACUCCAUCCACCUGCUGCCGCCUUUACUCCUUUGGUCCUAAUAAGGAUCAGUUCUGUCCUUCAACCGAUACUUCCUUCAACUGUUUAAGAAACUGCAUGGGCUUCACGCUGGGCCCCGUGAGGCCCACACCAGAACAGUUUGACAAGUACCUGCCCUGGUUCCUGAACGACCCACCCAACAUCAGAUGUCCCAAAGGGGGUCUAGCAGCGUAUAGAACCUCCGUGAAUAUGAGCUCAGAUGGCCAGGUUAUAGCCUCCCAGUUCAUGGCCUACCACAAGCCCCUCAGGAACUCAGAGGAUUUCACAGAAGCUCUCCGGACGUCCCGGCUGCUAGCAGCCAAUAUCACAGCUGAACUGCGGAAAGUGCCUGGCACAGACCCAGACUUCGAGGUCUUCCCCUACACGGUCUCCAAUGUGUUCUACGAGCAGUACCUGACUGUCCUCCCUGAGGGGAUUUUCACACUGGCUCUCUGCUUUGUACCCACCUUUGUUGUCUGCUACCUCCUGCUGGGUCUGGAUGCGCGGUCAGGCAUCCUCAACCUGCUCUCCAUCAUCAUGAUCCUUGUGGACACCAUCGGUCUCAUGGCUGUGUGGGGUAUCAGCUACAACGCUGUGUCCCUCAUCAACCUUGUCACGGCAGUGGGCAUGUCUGUGGAGUUUGUGUCCCACAUCACCCGGUCCUUUGCUGUCAGCACCAAGGCUACCCGGCUGGAGAGGGCCAAGGAUGCUACCGUCUCCAUGGGCAGUGCGGUGUUUGCUGGAGUGGCCAUGACUAACUUCCCAGGCAUCCUCAUCUUGGGCUUUGCUCAGGCCCAGCUUAUCCAGAUCUUCUUCUUCCGCCUCAACAUCGUGAUCACCUUGCUGGGCCUGCUGCAUGGCCUGGUCUUCCUGCCAGUUGUCCUCAGCUAUCUGGGACCUGAUGUUAACCCGGAUCUGGUACUGGAGGAAAAACUAGCCACAGAGGCAGCAACGGCCCCAGAGCCUUCUAGUCCCAAGCACCCCAGCCCCGACACAGACUAUGUUAACCCUGGCUUUGAAGACUCUACCCCUGGAGCUAGUGCUGCUGGCAGCUCUUCGCCCAAAAGUGGCCAGAAGUUUUAAUGGAGUAGGAGGUCAUCCAGGCUCUGUGUCUUCCCUCUGGGUGUCCUCAAGGCCUGAGGGAGGUUGUUCUAGAAAAAUGGCUGGCAUUCUGACCAUGAGGCAGCCGUCAGCAACUGGCCGUGGCCCCUUGCUCUCAUACCAGGUUCCCGGGGCUUUGGUCAGUGUGAGAUCACCUCCUCCUUCUGGCCCAGGGUCCUGGGGCUGCUGAGGAUAUGUCUGUCUCAGGCUCAGUCAGGGUAGAUAUUUCUCACCCAGUUUUUCCCUCCCUUAUCAAAACUAUCUCUAGGGGCUGGAGAGAAGGCUCAAUGGUUAAGGAGCUCUUGCUGCUCUUACAGAGGACCUAGGUUCAGUUCCCAUCACCCACACAGUGGCUCACAACCAUCUACAACCCAGUUCCAGGGGAUUUGACACCUUCUUUUGACUUCACAGGCACCAGGCAUGCACGUGGUGCACAUGUGUAUGGGCAGACAGAACACUCGUACACACAAAACAAACAAAUAAAUCCAAAAAAGAUUUAAAAGACAUCUCCAGGGCCAGUGAGACGGCUCAGUGAGUCAAGGUGAUUACCAUGAAGCUUGAUGACCUACGCUGGACCCCUGGAACUCACAUGCUGGAAAGAGAGACCCCACCCUCUCAAGUGCUCCUCUGAAUGGCACGCAGUGGCACCCCACCCCCACAGGAUAAAUAAAAUAUAACUCAAAAUUUAAAAAUCCCCACUCUAGGAUGGGGUUGUAGAUUAGUAGUAGUGGCAGCGUACUAGUCGGGCGUACACGAGCCCAGUGCUCAGCACUGCAGAGUGGGUGAGAGGGAGCUCAGACCUCGUCCCUAGCAUGCCACCACUUCCAGUAACGGCAAGUGCCUUUGUUUACCGGCACCCCCGUGGACAUUAGAAGACAAAUCUCCAGUCCAUGACAGCAAAUAGUUUUUUUUUUGUCGUUGUUUUUCGAGACAGGGUUUCUCAGCAGCUAUGGAGCCAGUCCUGAGAGCAGAUCCUUUAACACUCACAUCCUGAGAACAGGGAGUAGCCCCACCUUGGGCUGUGACACUGUAGGACAGCAGGAAAGGCAGCGGGCACCCAUGGUUCUUUCUGGCCUGAGGAGGAGGGUUUCACAGCACCCUGUAGUGGCUGACCUCAUGUGGGCUAUGACAUGCAUUUUGGUCUCUAGUUUCAGCCUGUGUGUCUGUCUGAAGGCUGAGAACUUGAGGGGUGGGGGAGUUUUCCGGCCUGCAGCAACAGGCCCAUUGGCUUCAAGCUGCCCAACCUGAUCCAGGCACAUUGGUUUUGGCAGAGACAGAGAAUACACUUUGUUCUGGCCUGGAGAGAAGGCUCAGUGGUUAAGAAGACUGGCUGUUCUUCUAGAGGUCCUGAGUUCAAUUCCCAACAACCACAUGUUGGCUCAAAACCAUCUAUAGUAUGAUCUGAUGCCCUCUUCUGGCUUAAAGCCAUACAUGCAAUAGAGCACUCAUAUACAUAAAAAAAAAUAAAUCUUGUUCUUUGUGAAGCACAGACUGCUUAAUAAAUAUUUGUUGA